AUGGUGAGAUUGAAUGAGCUCAAUCGCAAUGUCACGCUCCCUGCUUAUCUCAAAGCACCUACCUCCCUUGACGUGGUGGGAUCUUCGCAGUGGGCCACCAUGAUGGCCCUAAAAGCCCGAAGCUAUGGGAUGACUAACCAGGUCCGACUUGAAGAUUCCCAAUCUGGCCAUGUCAUGGUCACCAUCAAGGCCACGCCCACCGUUUACUACUCCGUGCUGUUUCAUACUUUGACCCCGGAGAUUUCUUGA